CCGGCUCAGGCGCGCGAGGCCCCCGAGCACGCACGCGAUCUCUUGCGCGUCGGCUCUCGCGGUAGCGAAGGACGGAUAACGGGGCUGACCACUGGCGGUUUGCUCCGCUGUGUGGAGGAGAGAUGGGGAGGCGUCGUGCCGGGGCUGAGGUAGAAAGGAGCCCGCCCCAUCGACGCCUCCUGCGACACUAACCCCUGAACCGUGAUGCGAGCGUGGGUCCUUCUCUCCGCGGUGCUCUGGUACCUCGCAGGAGUUGGAUGGCAGCGUUCUUCCAUAAUCACUAAGGAAGGCUUCGUUUAUGGCAAAGUGGGACGCCCAGUGAAAUUAUAUGUAGAAUUACAUCACAAUAGCCCAGUCCUUCUCUGUACUGAUUUUAAACGUGCUCAAAAGGAAACGGUGGACCCCACCUAUUUAUGGAUUGGGCCUAAUGAAAAACCAUUAACAGGAACUAGUAGGAUAAAUAUAACUAAAACAGGAAAGCUGCUGGUAAAAGACUUUCUGGAGCCUUUGUCCGGACUUUACACAUGCACUCUUUCUUAUAAGACUGUCAAAGCAGAAACCCAAGAAGAAAAGACAGUAAAGCAGAGAUAUGACUUUAUGCUUUUUGCCUAUCGGGAACCUGAUUAUGCAUAUCAGAUAGCUGUACGUUUUACCACAAAAUCUUGUGUAGGAAAAUAUAAUGAUCUGCUUUUUAAAGUGCUGAAGAAAAUCUUGAAUAAUUUAAUUUCUGAUUUGUCAUGCCAUAUCAUAGAACCAUCAUAUAAAUGCCAUUUUGUUAAAAUUCCAAAACAUGGCCUCACUCAUGAGCUGUUUAUAGCCUUUCAAGUUAAUCCUUUUGCACCGAGGUGGAAAGGUACAUGCAAUGAGUCUGUUGACUGUGAAGAUACCACUAAUCAUAAUAUCCUCCAGGCAAGAGAUCGAAUAGAAGAAUUUUUCCGGCGCCAAGCAUAUAUUUUCAAGCAUGACUUUAAGAAAACUCUACCAGCUAUGCAUUUUGUGGACCACAGUUUUCAUAUAAUGCGUAUGGAUAGCUGUCGUCCAGGCUUUGGGAAAAACGAAGGUCUGCACAGCAAUUGCGCUAGUUGUUGCGUGGUUUGUAGUCCUGGGACGUUUAGUCCUGAUGUCGAUGUUACAUGUCAGACUUGUGUUUCCACGCGUAUCUACGGAGCUAAAACUUGCCCAUAAACUUCAAAAAUCGCAAUGUGAAGACUAAAGGUGAAAGCACUGUUCUUGCUUGUGGAGGUGGGAGACAUAAGAUGACUUGCUCACAUCCCAGAGAGUCACAGAUAGUUCCAUUAAGUAAGAUCAGUAAGAUGAUAACAUUGGAAAACAUACAUUUUAGAAAUCUUAAAAAGAUAGUCGACAUGGCAUUUCUAAGAAGGCAUUUAAUCUAAUAUCACCAGCAUGCAAAGGAAAGUGUAAGUAUCAGUGGAUGAUUUUUAAUGAAAUAUGUUUUGUUGUUUACAAACAAACAGUCUGUACCUAAGACUAUAUUAAGGUCAAGAGUAGCAAAAUAUAAUGUAAUAAAAACUUUAUACUUCCCACAUGUUAUUUUGUUUGAUAUCACUCUUGUAUGAUAUAAAAGCAUAUAUAUUACUCUUAUAAUUAGAACCAAAAAGUUAUUUAUUUUGGUCUCUUUGCUUUUAGAUUGUUUUUAGAAAAAUAGACUUUAUUUUUUAGUAUAGUUUUAGGUUUACAGAAUAAUCUAGCAGAUAUUACACGGAGUUCCAUAUACCCACUCCAGCCCAUGCCCUCACCCCUUCCCAGUUUCCUCUAUUAUUAAAGUCUUACAUUAGUGUGAUACAUUUGUUACAAUUAAUGAACCAACGUUGAUACAUUAUCAGCUAUAGCUCAUAGUUUAUAUUAAGGUUCAUUAUUUGUAUGGUAUAGUUCUGUGAGUUUUGACAGAUGCAUAAUGACCUGUGUCCAUCCUUAUGGUUUCAUACAGAACAGUUUCACCACCGUUAUUUUAAGCCCUGUGCUUCACCUGUUCAUCUCUCUCACUCACCCCAGAGCCCUUGACAACCACUAAUUUUUUACUGUCUCUGUAGCUUUGCCUUUUCCAAAAUGUCAUAUACUUGGAAUUGUACAGUAUAUAGACUUUCCAGACUGGCUUCUUUCACUUAGCAAUAUAUGUUUAAGGUUCCUCCUUAUCUCUUUGUGACUUGAUAGAUCUUUUUUAAUUACUGGAUAAUAUUCCAUCAUAUGGGUAUAUAAAGGAUAUCUUGAUUGCUUACAGUUUUUGGUGAUUAUG